CUGUUUACAGCUGCGCUCCCCUCUUGGGCCGGAAAGAAAAUGCACCCCGACAAAGUCCGAGAAUACUUCGCUUCGCUUGGCAAGUCGGGCGAUGACGUCAGUAUGAUCGUCAAGCGUUACGACAAUUACCGCCAAACAAUACCCACGAAGAAGUAGAAUUUUACGCACGCCUCACCCGAAGACCACACGAUUGUCGCUAGUAGAGAGCUACAAGUAGU